AUGGCAGGUGGCGCCAAGAAGCCCUUCAGCAUCUUCAAACUCGGAGACGAGAACGAGCCCAAGGGCGUCCUCAACUGGCGACUAUGGUUUGCUGUCUUCUCCUUCGGUCUCAUGGGCGCGGCCCGCGGUGUCGAUGAGGGCCUCAUCUCUGGCGCCUUCGCCUCCAAGGAUUUCCAAAAGUUCAUCCACUACGAAACCUACAGCGCAGAAGAACAGACAAACAUCAAGGCCAACGUCUCCGCCAUGGUCCAGCUGGGUUGUGUUGGCGGUGCUUUCAUUGCCUUCCUCAUCUGCGACAAAAUCGGCCGCCUCUGGGCCACUCGCCAGCUUUGCGUCCUCUGGGUUCUCGGCAUCGCCAUCUUCAUGGGCAACAACGGAAGCCUCGCCGCCGUCUACGCCGGCCGUCUCAUCGCCGGCCUCGGUAUCGGUCAGACCGCCGUCGUCGCCCCCGUAUACCUCGCCGAGAUCGCCCCGGCCUCCGUCCGCGGUCUUUGCACCUGCAUCUUCAGCGGCUUCGUCUACCUCGGCAUCCUCCUCGCCUACUUCACCAACUACGGCUGCCAGAUCCACCUUGGCGACAACACCCACAACCGCUGGCUCGUGCCCACCUCGCUGCACAUCAUGUUCGCCGGCGUCAUCUUCAUCUUGUCCUUCUUCCAGUACGAGUCUCCUCGCUUCCUCGUCAAGCAGGGCAAGAUCGAGCAGGCUACCGAUGCCAUGGCUCACCUUCGCAAUCUCCCCGCCGACCACGAGUACAUCACCCGCGAGAUGUAUGGCAUCCAGGCUGCCCUCCACGAGGAGCUCGAGGCCACCAAGGGCAGCAGCUGGUACGGAAAGCUCAAGGAGCUGUUCUUGGUCCCCAGCAACUUGUACCGCCUCUACCUCGCCUCCAUGGUGCAGGUCUUCGCCCAAUGGAGUGGCGCUGGUUCCAUCACCCUUUAUGCCCCUGAUCUGUUCAAGAUUCUCGGCGUCAGCGGCUCAGCCACUCCACUUCUCGUCACCGCUGUCUUCGGUAUCGUCAAGCUCUUUUCCGCCCUCGCCUGCGCUCUGUUCCUUGUCGAUGUCAUCGGCCGCAAGCGUUCUCUCAUCAUUGGCAUCUGCCUGCAAGCCGUGUCCAUGAUUUACGUGGCUGCCUUCCUGACCCGCGUGCCCUUGCUCGGGGUCGAUGAUUCCUUCAAGUUGCCAGAAAGCUUGGUUCGUGCCAGCGAAGGCGCCAUCGCCAUGAUCUACAUCUCUGGUAUCGGCUUCGCCCUCGGCUGGAACACCAUGUCGUACAUCCUCACUGCCGAGAUCUUCCCUCUCCGCGUCCGCGCCCUCGCUACCUCCUUCUCCAUGACCCUUCACUUCGCCUGCCAGUACGGUAGCAGCCGUGCCGUACCCAACAUGCUGGCGUCCACCAGCCUUGGAGGCAUCGGUCCUUCGGGCACCUUCUGGUCCUUCGCCGCCAUCACCGCCAUCGGCGGCAUCUGGGUAGUCUUCUCCGUGCCCGAGACGGCUGGCCGCUCUCUGGAGAGUAUGGACCGUCUUUUCGAGCUUCCUUGGUACAAGAUCGGCCUAUUCGGUAACAAAGACGCCGAGGCGAGGGACGUUGUCUUCAACGAGAAGCAGGAGGCUGCCAUCGCUACCAUCGGGCACGUCGAGCAUGCGGAGGAGAGAAAACCCGCUCAGGUUUAG